AUGGCGCCAGCGGGCAGACCGAUAGGUAGUAAGAAUAAAACCAAAGAGGAGAGUAAGAGCAUGGAGAAAUAUGUAACGGCGGGUGAAGACUUCAUCAUGAAGUCGAUGGAGAAGAUGGGAAAGGAGAUCGAGGAGAACAUAGGAAAGAAAAUGGAAAAAAUGCUAGGACAGAUAGAACAGAUCAGAAAGGAGUGGAGAGAAGAGAAACAGGUAAGAGACGAGGAAAAAAAGAAAGAUAAAGAAGAGUGGUUAGAUGAGAGGAGAGGUAUAGAAAGCAGGUUAGAAAACUUGGAAUGGGAGAGAGAGAGAAGAGAGAGAGAGAAAAGGAGAAAUAAUAUAGUGAUAAGAGGGGUAGAGGUGUGGGGAGAGAAGAGGAUGGAACAAGAGGUCAAGGAAUUCAUAAGAGAUAACCUGAAGACGGAAGUAGAGGUAAAUAAGGCGUUUAAGUUAAGAAUGAGAGGAGACAGGAGUACGGUGGUAGCAGAGAUAAGUAGCUGGGGACAGAAGAGAGAGAUAAUGGUCAAGAAAAAAGAACUAAAAUCAGGAAUAUUCAUCGACGACGACUUAACGAGAAAGGAAAGAGAAAUACAGAAAUACUUAAGAGAGAAGGCAACAGAAGAAAACAGAAAAGGUAACAAAACUAGAGUAGGUUAUAGAAAGAUAUUCCUGAAAGAUAGGUGGUACCGUUGGGACGAGAAGGAGAAGAAACUAGUAGAAGAAAAAGAGAGACUAGUCAACAAGUGUGAGGAGACGUGGAGAUAUUUGGAAAAUUUCGACAUACUUGGAUUAACAGAGACCUGGGUAGAAGAAGAGAGGUGGCAGAAGUUGAAAGAGAAUUUACCAAAAGAAUUUGAGUGGUGGAGCAUACCAGCAGAGAGAGAAAGUAAGAAAGGCAGAGCGAAAGGAGGAAUAAUCAUGGCGGCAAGAAGAAAUAAGAAAGAAAUAAAGAUAGAAAAAGUAGAUAAGGGAAUAAUGGAGAUGAAGCUGGAGCUCGAGGGAAACAGUUGGAGGAUCUUCACGAUAUAUAGCCAAAAGAUAGACGAAACAAUGGACAGAAUUUUGGAGAGAUUACAAGAAGAAGAGGAACUACUACUACUAGGAGGUGACUUUAACGCAAGAACGGGAAACAAAGGAGGACCAAUAAGAGAGGAAAAAGUUAAUGAGAAGAAAGAAGUGAGACAGUCAAUAGACCAAGAAACCAAUGGAGAGGGACGUAAGCUGAUAAGUAAGAUAGAAGAUAGAGGAUGGACAAUACUAAACGGAAGCUUCGGGGAAGAAGGGGGAUGGACAUACAUAGGAGAAUGCGGUUCAUCGGUAAUCGAUUACGUGAUAAGCAACGACAGAGCGAUAGGAGAGGUGAAGAGAGUUAAGGAAGGGAUACGGACAGAAUCAGAUCAUUUACCGCUAGAAGUGGAACUAAUUGGAAAGCAAGAGACUGAGAGGAGAACCAAGAAAAGGGUAAUAGAAUUAGAAAGGAAUGACUGGACAGAAGAAGGGAUAAGUAGAUAUCAAGAAAAUUGCAGAGGAUGGAUAUGCAAGCAACAUAAUGUAGAAGGAGCGUGGACGGAGAUGAGAGAGAAGAUAAAGAAUUCGCUGGUGAGAUACAAAAAGAAGAUAAUACCAUGGAGUUUGGGAAAAAAGAGCUGGUAUGAUAAGGAAUGGAAAAAGAGAAAGAGAGAGCUGAGAAAGACGCUGAGAGAUUUAAGGAAAAGAAAGAUAAAUAGUGAAGUAUAUGUCACGAAAAGGAAGGCAUAUAGAGAAUGGUGCAAAGAACAGAAGAAGAAACACGAAAGAGAAGAGGAAAACAAGAUACGAAAUAUAAAGAGUGAAACGGAAGCCUGGAAGUAUAUAAAUAAAUUUAGAGUAUGUCAUUUCAAUGUCAUUUAG